AUAUUUAUUUCCUAUUAAUAGUCUUUUAAUUUAAGGUCACGGGCAGUCGUCUAUGCAUAUCGUACUGUGUAUGACUGUGUAUGUGACAAAUAAAAAUUUGAAUUUAUACGCAUUAAAUGAUAGCUAAUUGCUACAUUUAUUUCAUUCCAGUGGUUAGUACACAUAGGCCUAUAAGUGAACUAAGCUAGAUCAAAAUAUGUGCAAAGAUGUGGGCUAGCAGAAUAACAUUAUUUAUUAAAUAUUUUUUCCGGCUAUUAAAGGUAUCAUCACGGUGCCUUGAGCGAUACACCUGUGAUGGGUGUGUUUACAGCGCUCACGCAAGCCCCGGCGUGUGUGACACCCCGCUAUCGCAUGGUUUCUUUGAAUAAUUCAUGAGGGCAGAGUUCCGCGCUGCCUUUAAAACGCAGGUGACUGCCACUUUACCUUCAGCUUCAGCUACAUCCUGUCCCUCAAAGUCUUAAGCUGCAAGCUGGAAUCCAGGUUCCUGAGCCAUUAUGGCCUACAGUAGUCAGCCAAACCCAACCUUGAACGGAGGCCCGGACAACGAGGACCAUGACCAGAAGAACAAGGAGAAGCAGCAGAUCGUGUCUCUCAACGACAGAUUCGUGGCCCGCAUUAACAAGGUGCGCCAGCUGGAGCAGGAGAACAAGAAGCUGAACACCAAGCUGAAGAUGCUACUGGAGCAGGAACAUUACACGGGUAAGGUGGACGAGAUUGUGGAUGAGCUGAGUUUCUCGCUCCUCAAGCAGAUAGACUCCCUGGCUCAGAAUCAGAGGAAGCUGCAAGUGGACUUGAACAGAAGCCAGGAGGGGUUGCGGCAGCAGCGGAUGAAGUAUGAAGAUGAGAUCCAGAAGAAGGCCGACCUGGAGAAUGAAUUUGUAGUCUGCAAGAAGGAUUUGGAUGAGGGUUACCUUAAGAAGACUUCCUUGGAGCAGAAGGUGGCGGAGCUGACAGAAGAGCUGGACUUCCUGAAUAGAGGCUACCAAGAGGAAAUCAAGGAACUCCAGUCCAAAAUCCAGAAUGCCACUGUGGUCCUGGAACCAGACAACAACCGGAGUCUUGAUUUGCAAUCGAUCGUACAAGAAAUCAAGGUCCAGUAUGAGGAUAUGACAGCUCGCAGUCGGGUCGAGGCUGAGCAGUGGUACAAGAAGAAGCUGAAUGACAUGGCAACCAAGGCACAAACGAAUGAGCAGGACAUGCAAAAUCUGAAGAAGGAGAUCAGUGAUAUGGUCCGUCUUGUCCAGAAGCUCAAUUCAGAUCUGGACAGCUUGAAGAAGAAGAGAGACAACCUGAAUGCAGCCAUCGAGGCAGCAAAGCGCAGGGGGCAGCAGGCCCAUGAGGAGACGCUGCAGGAGAUUGCCAACCUGCAGGACGCGCUGAGCCAGGCCAAGCGAGACUUGGUACGGCAUGUGCGCGAGUACCAGGACCUGAUGAAUAUCAAGCUGGCCCUGGACAUUGAGAUCGCUACCUACAAGAAGCUUCUGGAUGGAGAGGAGUUCAGACAGCGCCGCCCCAUGAACUACUAUUAGCAAGACUGGGCUACGACUCACCUACUGUCCAUAGACAGUCUCUGUCCCCAGGAGGUUUCUGUGCCUAGCCAGUGUCUGUCUCUAGCUGGUUUCUGUCCUCACUCAUUAUCCUGAACUUCAUGUUUUAUCUCCCUUCACCCGUUUCCCAUGUUCUCCACCUCAGCUCAGUGAUUUUGCCCUUUUGCUCGGUGUUAUGUGGUCACUAUUGGCUGGAAUGUUCUGGAGUAUUUUAAUUAGAAUUCUGCCUUGAAAGUAGUUUCUGAAUGGUGUUUUUAGCUUUUGGGGGAUGAUGUGUGGGGUAUGGGAUUUGUUUUGUAGUUUUUUUUUUUUUUUUUUUGCUGCUGAUUAUAUUGUGAAGUUUCAAUUAAU